AUGGAUCAACCUGCCGCUGCCGCCGCGGACGAACCGCCGCCUUCAGGCAAUGCCACGACACCGCACCUUGCCCUGCCCGCCGCGUCCAGCAGUUUGAUAUCCGAUAUGCCAAACCCUCGCUACUCGAAAUUGCACCUGUUGGUGGUGGCCAACGGGUCCCGUGAGACGAGCUUCUGCGCCGCCGUCGCAAUGCGGCUGUCCAAAGACCCCAAGAUCGCCAUCAGGGUCGUCGCCGACGAUGUUGCCCCGCAACUCAACCAAACAUUUGCUGUCGAGCGAAACUAUUCGCUCAAGGUCCCGGAUCAGUCCGACGAUCGCAUACGAAGCAUAGCACGACAUCAACACAGGGCUGCCGAGUUGGUCGAGUGGGCAGACCUCAUGGUCCUUUGUCCCAUCGACGCUGAUCACCUGGCCAAGAUGAUGAGUGGGCACUGCGACACCAUGAUCCUCGAGGUUCUGCGCAGCUGGGACGCUUCGAAGCGUAUACUGCUUGUUCCUGGAAUGUCGACAACAAUGUGGGAGAAUCCGGUCACCAAGCGGCAGAUCAGCAAGCUGCACCGCAAGUGGCAUUGGGUGCGUGUCCUGCCACCUAUACUGUGGCGCUACGAGCACCUGGAUGCGCCUCCGUACUUUAAGCGUAUCGUGGAGUGGACCGGCCUCAACGAGGUCUUGGGCAUAAUCAAGAACCAGGCAGACCUCUUGACCAUGGGCCACGACGUCGACGUGCCCGCUCGCGAGCUGGUGGCAACGUCGCCAUCCUUUUCCAGUCCAGGCGGGCGCAAGAAGCAGCCGGUCUUGCCGCCAGAGAUAUGGAGCCUCAUCCUCGAGCACACCAGAGACUGGGAGCUGGCGCAGUCGCUCGGCGUGUUUACGACCCUCGAGAUGCCGGAGCCGUGGCGGACCGAGCCGAAAGACAGCUCGGAUCCGCUGCAGGUUUUCAUGCACCGCCUCGAGUGGCGCCUGCUUUCCGCGGACACGGCGGCGAUAUGCAGCGUGCUGGAGACGGCUCCAGCGAACCUCACGGACCUGUCGGCGCUCGCCAUCAAACUUAUCUUCAAGUUCGCCCUCACCGGCGUGCUCUCCUACAUCGAGUGCCACUGCCCGAUCGUCUUCCGCAACUUUGACGGCAAGACCAUCCCGACCAAGGCGUCGGCAUACUACGGCCGCACCGACAUCCUCGACUGGUGGGCCAGGUCCCCCUCGUUCCUGGAGAAGCAGUACGACCAGGAGGCCAUGGACAACGCCUCGCUCUACGGCUACAUCCACGUGCUCGAGUGGUGGCGGCGGUCGGGCCUGCCGCUCAAGUACAGCGAGGCGGCGAUGGAGCAGGCCAGCGCAAAGGGCCACAUCCGCGUGCUGGACUGGUGGCGCGAGGCGGCCGUGUCGACGGGCGGCCCGGUGGACAACAGGGACCCCGAGGCCAGGCCCAUAGAGCUCAAGCCGGGCAAGUCGCUGCUGUACGCGGCGCAGGCGGGCCACACGGACGUCUUGCGCUGGUGGAUGACGAGCGGGAUCCCGGUCGAGCACCAGGACGAGGUGUGCAUGAAGGCGUCGCGGGUCGGUCGGGCGGACGUGCUCGAGACGUGGAGGCUGCUGCGCGGCGACAACAACCUCAUCUUCACCUCGCAGGUUCUCGUCGACCCCACGAUAUACUCGUACAUUGACGUGCUGGAGUGGUGGAGGAAAUACGCCAGGGGAGAACUGCCUGGCAUGGACGGGCAGCCGGCCAAGAAGGUCGAGUACCGUACCAUGGAUAUCGAGGAGGCGCUGGAGGAUUCCUUUGGCGACCAAACGGCCGUGAGGCGAUGGUGGGCCGAGAAUGGGCUCAAUUUGGGAUUGGGCACCAGCGAGUGGCUCAAGGUACGCUACCUUUGA